UCCGUCUUACUAGUUACCGUAUUAGAUCAAAUAAUUUAUGCUGUAGUCCGUAAUCUGUAGCAUUGAAAUGUUUUAAUUUCSAUUGUAAUUAGUAAUUUUGUGGCUACUAGCAAGGUACYAAGUAGUUUUCAAUACACAAUUUUGAUGUUUUAUACAUUUUAAUUAAUUAAUAAUUGUAUUAAUAAUCUACAUAUUGUAAUAUUAUGUUUUAUAAUGYCGAUUAUCUAUGUGUCAUCGUAUGACAAUAAUUAUACUCUUAUAAAUGAAGAAUAGAUUUCCUAAAAUUUGGACUUUCUAACUAUUUGACAAUAUUCAUAUUAAAUGGCUCAAGAAGUAGUUUACGGAACUCAAGACGACACCCAUGUCGUUAUGUCUGAAAAAGUACAGUCACUAGCUGGUAGUAUUUAUCAGGAAUUCGAAAAAAUGAUWUCCAAAUAUGAUGAAGAAGUUGUGAAAAACUUGAUGCCACUGGUUGUUAACGUGUUAGAAUGUUUGGAUCUUUCCCAUACAGAAAAUCAAGAACAUGAGGUAGAAGUUGAACUACUUMGAGAAGACAACGAACAAUUAGUUACUCAAUAUGAGAGAGAAAAACAACUACGAAAAUCUGCAGAACAGAAACUUCUUGAAAUGGAAGACUAUAUUGAAGAUGAGAAAAAAGAUUAUCAAAGUAAAAUAGAGAGUUUAGAAUCAAUUGUUAKAAUGUUAGAAUUAAAAUCAAAAAAUGCUUCAGACCACGGUAAGUUCUUGACUCAAUAUUGCGAGCAACAUAUUUUACGUGAAGAGUUAAAAGCAUUGCAAACACUAAAUGUUCGUUUGGCUCAGAAAGCAUCUGAAGUUGAGGAAGAAUUUAAAAAAACAAAGCAAGAAUUAGAACAGCUCAAAUUGAACAAAUCUGAUUCUGAUGAAGAAAAAUCAUAUGCAGAACGUAAAAGAUUUACUCGUGUUGAAAUGGCGAGAGUUAUUUUAGAACGAAAUAAAUUCAAAGAACAACUAAUGGAUUUAGAAGAAUCACUUCGUUGGCAAGAAACUGUUCGGGCCAUUCGAUUAGAGCCAAACGAGAAAAAAAAACAGGGUGUGUGGAGACUUUUUAGCAACUUAUUUGGAACCAGUGUCAAACCAAUCGAUACUGGACUUGGAAGUGGAAAUAGCGGAGGAGGCGUAGUUGCGCGYCCAAGAUCAAUUCAUUACGAUCCAUCAUCCCAUCAAGUUGGCCCCCCUAGCAUAAUGAAAAGACGUAGUAUGAUAGAAGGAGGAAGAUAUAGUCGAUAUGAAGAUGAUAUYUUUAGUGACAAAUCUAAGCGUCCUGAUCGACGUGUACAUUUUGGUAGAAUACGUACUCAUAUUCCCAGAGAAGAAAGCUGGUUACAAGCUUAUGGUUGGAGUAUGCCAGCUGAUCCUUCAAAUGGAAGACCUCAUUUAAGUAUGCCACAGCAAUCUAGUAGCCCAAGUACAAACUAUCCAGUUCCAGUUCUAGUAAAUUGUUGCUCACCGCUUGCUGAUACUGAACCUGGAAUGAAGAUGUGGUGCGCUACAGGAGUUAAUCUUAGUGGAGGUGUUACCAAAGAUGGAGGGGAAAUUGUUGGAGCCAGUGUAUUUUAUAAUAAUAGUAAUAAUAAUAAUAUGGAAGAACCCAUUAGUAAAAACACAGAAGUUGAAGAUAGAAUUGAUGAAAGCUUAGAAAUGAAAAAAUUAGACGAAGAGUUAAAAGAAAAUAGUAGAUCAAAUAUUGAAUCAGAACUAGUGCUAUCGUCACUUAUUUGGAUAUGUACUACAACUAAUAAUAAUACUAAAGUAGUCAUUAUUGAUGCUAAUAAACCUGAUAUUGUGUUAGAGACAUUUCAUAUUUCAUGUCAAGCUCAUAUUGGUUGUAUUGCUUCAGUAUCAGGGGCUUUAGAAAGUGAUUAUAUGGAUAAUGAUGUUAUAAAUUGUGAGCCUGAGCAAACUGAAGAGGUUACAGAAGAAGACAAACAAUUACCAAAAGAUAAAAAAUCAGAUGUUGAAAUUGGCAAAAUUAUGUUUGUUAGUUGUGCAGCUGGUAGUGAAGAAACUUAUUUAGAUGAUAAUCAUAAAGCAGAUGAAUUAUUAAACGACAUAAACUCAGAUAAGAUUGAUGAUGAAGAUAGCAUAUCAGAUUCUAUUCAACCAGAUAGAUAUAGCUGUGAAAUAUCAAGAAGACCUAGCCUAUUGAAAGAAGGUAUCAUAAAGGAUGGAAUAUCUGACCCUCUGAAUGGUAAUUUACUUCUAAACAAAAUUUUCAAUUUUUUGCUUUGCGAGCUUUAUACUAAUUGGUGA